AACCGACAGGGCCCAGCAGUGCAACGUCGUUCUGUCCACGCAACAACCUCCUUACCUCAGGUAGCGAGGAUGAAUUCUCUGCUCGCUCACCUGCAAUAGCCGCCUCAUCCCUCCCCGGCGCACCGGUCUUUUCUGCCGCCGACCCUCCGCAGCAUUGCUCUCCUCCCGCUGCGCCCCCUUUCCAUCCUCCGACUCCGUGUUCCUCCCCCCCCCGAAAGCCGGUGGUAGCUCCAGAUGACCCACCCCGCGCACCCGGACGCCGCCGAGUCGUUCGCCCAGACCACGGCCGAGUUCAACCUCAGCGACAGCGACGAUGAGGAUCUCCGGUCGGCCGUCGGCGGCAGCGAGUCGUACGAGCUGCGCGACCGCGACCGCGACCGGGACCGCAUCGGCGGCGGGCCAAGUGCCAUUUGGGAUGUCGACGACCACAACCACCUCCAGCCGUUAGUCGACCGCCGUCCCAGCGGGAGCUCCGUCGCGAGCUUCCAGCUGUAUACUCCCGACGAAGACCGCGCCGUGCGUGGCAAGUUCGACCGCAAGCUGGUGCUCUUCGUGGCGCUGCUGUUCCUGUUGAGCUUCGUCGACCGGUCCAACAUCGGCAAUGCUCGCAUCGCAGGCAUGGACGAAGACCUCCAGACCUCCCCGCCGCGCGAUGAUUGGUACGACUGGUCGCUCACGGCCUUCUACGUCUCGUACAUUGCUUUCGAGUGGAUGUCCCUCCUGUGGAAGGUCAUCCCCGCGCACAUUUUCGUGUCCAUGGUGGUGCUGACGUGGGGUCUGACGGCCUCGCUCCAAGCCAUUGCCACGUCGUACCCCGUCCUGAUUGCCCUGCGUGUGAUCCUCGGCAUUGGCGAGGCGGGCUUCACGGGCGUUCCGUUCUAUCUGAGCUUCUUCUUCAAGCGGGAGGAGCUGGCCUUCCGCACUGCCAUCUUCAUAUCUGCGGCCCCUCUCGCCACAAGCUUUGCGUCCACGCUUGCCUGGGUUAUUAUCAAGUUCGCCCAGCUCAGUCCCAUCGCGCCCUGGCGGCUGCUCUUCAUCGUCGAAGGCUUUCCCUCCGUGCUCGCCUCCGUCUUCGCGUGGCACAUCAUCCCCGACUCUCCGCAGACGGCAUCGUACCUUACCAAGCGAGAGAAGAAGGUUGCCCGCCUCCGCCUCCGUAAUGAAAAGACCACCACGGCUAAGUCGAAGCCCUCAUCCGGCCUCAAGGCGCGGGACGUCGCCGCCGUGUUCGCCGACCCCAUCGCCUGGAUCACGGCCGCCAUGUUCUUCCUCACCAACAUGGCAUACUCGUCGCUCCCUGUCUUCCUCCCCAAGAUUCUCACCGAGAUGGGUCACGAUACCCUCACCUCCCAGGCUCUCAGCGCGCCACCCUACCUCGCUGCUUUCUUUAUCGUCCUCUUCACCUCCCACAUGUCCGACCGUCUUCGCGCCCGUACGGUCCCCUUGAUCUUCCAUGCCCUCGCUUCCGCAAGCGGCUAUGGCCUCCUCGCCCUCGCCAAGCCCCUGGACCUCCCUAGCUUCGUCCGUUACAUGGCUGUCUAUCCUGCAGCCAUUGGUUUCUUCAACGUCGUCACCCUCAUCAUCACCUGGAGCAUCAACAACCAAUCCAGCGAGAGUCGCCAGGGCGGUGGCUUUGCCCUCCUCCAACUUGUUGGCCAGUGUGGUCCUCUCAUCGGCACCCGCCUGUAUCCUGACCGUGACGCACCCUACUACACUCCGGGCAUGUCGACCUGCGCCUUUGCCAUGUUGGGCGUCGCCUUUUUAGCUUUUGCUCUGCGUCUGUAUCUCAAGCAUUUGAACCGCAAGCUAGACAGAACGGAGACCGAGAGGCUGGCUGAUGGAAGUACUGUUGAGGAGGAGGGCCUGGUUGGCCCCGGAAAACGAAAACAAACACCAGGCGCGACUUUCCGUUAUAUGUUGUAAGAUGAUUGUGUGUAAUGUAGACCUGGCUCGGCAUUGGUAUGUUGGAUAUGCAGUGGCCAAUUGGAUACUUGAUGAACCGAGCCUAUUCAAGUGCGUCUGGUAUUUGUAUCCUGCUGAUACCCCUUAAUGACUAUUAUAAUUAACGUACACCCCCACCUCCUUCAUUUUUGCAUCUUGAACGACGACCCGAAUUGCAUCCACUCUGGUGCAUGAUACUUCUCGACGCCGUCCUUCCAC